ACCUCAGUCUAGCCUACAAAGUUGCUGAUAGAGCCUGGAUACACACACUUGAUGGCAGACCUCGGUCUCCACAGGACCAUUCCUCGCUGGUCAGCAAUGUAUCGGCCAGCUGUGGUGAGGGCCAGGAGGAGAGCUUGUUUGGAGCCCUGGGUUAUUGGCCUCAUCACCUUUAUAUCCCUGAUUGUCCUGGCAGUGUGCAUCGGACUCAUCGUUCAUUAUGUGAGAUACAAUAAAAAGACAACCUACAAUUACUAUAGCACAUUGUCAUUUACAAGUGACAAACUAUAUGAUGAGUUUGGAAAAGAGGCUUCUAAAAAUUUCACAGAAAUGAGCCAGAAAAUUGAAUCAAUGGUGAAUAAUGCAUUUCAUAAAUCUUCAUUGAGGCAAGCAUUUGUCAAGUCUCACAUUAUCAAGUUCAGUCAAGAGGAACAUGGAGUAUUGGCUCAUAUGCUGCUGAUUUUUAGAUUUCCCUCUUCUGAGGAUCCUGAAACUGUAAAUAAAAUUAUUCAACAUGUUCUACAUAAAAAGCUGCAAGAUGCUGUAGGACACCCUAAAUUCCAUCCUGAACUUGUUGAAAUUAAAAAAAUCAACGAGACAGAAACAGACAACUUUCUAAACAAUUGCUGCGGGACACGAAGGAACAAAACUAGAAGACAGAGUCUCAGGAUUGUUGGUGGGACAGAGGUACAAGAGGGUGAAUGGCCAUGGCAAGCUAGUCUGCAAUGGGAUGGGAUCCAUCGCUGUGGAGCAACUUUGAUUAAUGACACAUGGCUUGUGAGUGCUGCUCACUGCUUUAGAACGUAUAAGGACCCAGCCAGAUGGACUGCUUCCUUUGGAGUAAAAAUAGAGCCUCCAAAAAUGAAACAAGGCCUCCGGAGGAUAAUUGUGCAUGAAAAAUACAAAUAUCCAUCACAUGACUAUGAUAUUUCAGUUGCAGAGCUUUCUAGCCCUGUUUCCUACACAAAUGCAGUACACAGAAUUUGUCUCCCUGAUGCAUCCCGUGAAUUCCACCCUGGUGAUGAGAUGUUUGUGACAGGAUUUGGAGCACUGCAAAAUGAUGGAAGUAGUCAAAAUCACCUUCGGCAAGUACAGGUGAAUCUCAUAGACACUAAAAUCUGUAAUGAACACAAAGCUUACAAUAAUGCCAUAACUCCUAGAAUGUUAUGUGCUGGAUCCUUGAAAGGAAACAGAGAUGCGUGCCAGGGUGACUCCGGAGGACCACUGGUUAGUCCAGAUGCUAGAGAUAUCUGGUACCUCGCUGGAAUAGUGAGCUGGGGAGACGACUGUGGGCAUCCCAAUAAACCCGGUGUUUAUGCUAGAGUGACUGCCUUCCGGGACUGGAUCGCUUCCAAAACUGGUGUCUGAGAGAGAACAACCUAGAAGAAUGGAACACAUUUUUGUGUAGAGGCCGUUCUUAGAGAUAUAGAAUUGCAGAAGUCAUGCAGAUCACCUGGAUGUGACUGAUCGAACUAAACUAUCUGCUAUUUCCUUCCUAGCUCUGCUUCACUUAGCAUCCUGCUUCUGCCAGAUGGAUUCUGUCCCAACUUGCAGUCACUUGUUUUCUAUCAUCAAAUUUUGGCUUGUUGACAUAAAUUUCUCAUGCAUACAUACAAUCUGAAGCGAUCCCCUCCUUCAUUUCCCCAGUUUCUCUCAUCUCGGUAAAUUUCCACUUUCAAGGUGCAGGACAAAGAGUAAAAGGAAGUAUGAAAAGGAAAGAGCUACAUUUUUAUGUACAGGAAAGUAUUAGGUGUUUUUUUUCUUAAUGAAAUGAGGAAAGUGAUCUUAAUCAUUAUGAAAGCUCAAGCACACAGACAGCGGAAUACCAAACACUUCAUGACGGCAAAAGAAUGGGAACUAAAGUUAAGGAAACAAAGAGAAACCGAAAUACAACUUUAUUUUCAUUUCCAGCAAACAAGAGAUAAGUGUGGGGAAGAUUCUGUUUUCUUGUGGCCUAUAAUAAUUAUACAAACUAUAUAAUGUACUUAUUCUAAGUUAAAGCAAAUAAUAUUUAUUUAACAUUGCACUACUGAGAAUGUCAAUAUAUAAUAAUAAAAAAUAAAUAUCAUCAAUUUGCUUGAUAUUAUAAUAUAAUAAUUCAAGAGGAAGGGGAAGAUGGGGAAAAUGUCACCAAUCAAUUUAUUGCAAAUUCUUUUAAAGUCUGAGGCUAGAAUGAAAAUUCACUUAAGAACAACCAGCAUACCUUAUGUGGUAAGAUUUUUGUAUGGUUGGAUAGGAGGAAAUAAAAACAGAAUCAGUACAAACUACUGAAUGAAAUGGAAUUAUCACCAAGUGCUUGUGUAUUUGUAUUUAAAGCUUUUCCAAACUGCAAGGCCUUGAAGGGGAAUAAGGUCCAGGUGUUAGUGUGUAGCUGUAGUUGUGCAAAUGAAGCUAGAGGUCAGACCUCUAUUUUGAAAUGACUGCAGAUUCCCCUUCUUACCACUCCCUCCCCCUCCUCCACAUUUCCAGUCAGUGCUUGGACCAUGGCCUCUUAGACUCUUCUGGGCUCAGGGGGAAGACAUCAUCGCGAAAGCUGCCUCCUGCUACCUCUAGCAUGACACUGAAUUUCUCACUGCCUAGAUAUAAAGUUGAUGAGAAAAAGCCUAAUAUCAACCACCUUCAUAAUUUCAGCUCUGGUAAAUUAUUACUGAGUUGUUAGAUACACAACAUUCAAGUGAUCUAGGCACUGUGAAGUUAGGAUCAGUGCCAUGGCGUACAGGCCUGUUGGUGGUGAGAUUUCACGGAAUCUUUCCAUUACCCUUUCCUCAUUGUGUAUAGCUACUCGUGUGAGUUCUGUAUUGUACCGUAACCACUUUGAAAGAAACAUUAGUAGAAAAAGAUUGAUUUUUAUCAACCUAAAUAAUGCUGGUAUAUGAACUGAUAAAAUUUAGGGACUUGGCUAAAAUAAGGUAGGAAAUCUGAUAUGAACUGACAGCAUUAAAUAUUUUGCAAAAACAUAUUUCAUUUAAUGAACUCUUUUGAAAAAAACUGAGGAAAAUGUUGAAUUUUAAACAAAGACUUAAGUACAUUUCAAACUUAAUUUCUCUCAGUGUUCUGUUAAAAAUUGGUUCCCCUUGUUUGAGUAUGUUUUGCAGUUGGGCCUCUAGGUAGCACACAGGUAGAUCCAGGGAAGCAAGCCCUUGGGAUGUUCAAGUAAUAAUGAAAACUGUAGUAAAACCGAAAGAAUACAAUUCAUCUUUGCGAAGGCAUUUAAAGAUGAAUCCAUAUAAAUUGACACCAUGAGUAGUAUAUUCCAGAUUUCUGGACGUGACUUUCCAAAUUAAAAUAAAUUUUAUAAUGUGAUAAUGAGGAAUUUCUUUGGCAAACAAACUUGAAGAGAUUUAAAUUAAGGAGAAAUUUUAGAAGUUUAAUUUCACAAUGGCAUCAUAUUUCUCAGAGAAAUAUUUCUGAUAUUUUUUUUUACAAAAGAUUUGAGAAAUAGAGGUUAGGCCACAGUGAAAAUAUGAGCAAUAGUUCAAAUUUUAUGUGCACAGAGAAAUAGAUAAUACUGUAUCAUAUUUUUAAAAUAACUUUCUUUGAAAGAUAACUUAUAAAGGGUUUCAGCAUUCCUGGACAUGUCUGUUUUAACCAUCUCGUUGGAAAAAGUUAAGAAGUCAUGACUGAAAUAAUACUUAUUAACUGUGCAAGAGGGCAGGCCAUUUCUCAGCGACAUCUUUUAUCUCUCUUCCCACAGUACCUAAUAAAGUGCUCUGUAUAUAAUAGUCUUUCAAUAAGUGUUGUUGAACUGACCUUUUAUUUUUGUAUUAUGCAGAAAAUAUAGCUUUGUUAUUAUUUACACAUUGAUUUAACACAUUUUUGACCGGAGACAUAUUACGGCCACAGGCAUUAGUUUCUGCAAAAAUCCCCCGGUUAAUAAUGUGUUAAGAAGUAAUCCCAGAUUUUACAUUGUGUGACUUAAUCCAGUUAUUUAUACACACUAAGCCUCAGUAUACUCACUUAUAAAACAGGGAUAAUAAUAUUUACCUCAAACACCAUUGUAGAGAUCAAAAUGAGAUAUUUCGAAGUGCUUAGCAAAGUUCUUGGAACAUAGUAGGUGCUCAAGAAGCAGUGUUAUUAUAACUGUUGCUGUAACUACAGUCUUAUUUUAUACAAUUGCUACUUGAUCACAAUAGCUUGAAUAAGUAUUUUCAAAAUGAAGAGAUGAGCAGGUCAACAGAAUGCACUGACUUCUUGUUUAAUUUUAAUUCUACAAAAUAAGUUUUAUUAGGAUCAUUCCAAAAGAGAUUGUCAAGUUGUUCUCUGUUAUUCUAAUUUUUCAUUUCAACUUUUAAAAAUGAUAAAACCUUAUUAACCAUAGAGUUACUGCAUUACAUGAAGAUCUACAGUCUAAUUCAAACGAUGCCUCCUCCAUGAAGCCUUCCUUGACUCCCUCAAGUGGAGAUAACAUUCUUUUUUCUGAAAUUUCUUACCACUUAAAAAUAACAUUUUUAUUUUCAGAUAAUCAUAGACUCACACAGAGUUGUAAAAUGUAAUACAGAGAGAUCCCGUGUAUCCUUUAUCCAGUUUCUGGCAAAGGUAACAUCUUGCUUAGCUAUAGUACAAUAUCACAACCAGGAAGUUGACAUUGAGACAAUCUAUUAACCUUUUGACAUUUUAUGUUUUUAAAACAUGCAGUUAUUUGCAUGUGUGUGUGUAUUUAGUUCCAUGUUGUUUUUUAUCUCAUGUAUGGAUUUGUGGGCCACCACCACAGUCAAAAUGCAGAAUAGUUUGAUCACAAGGACCCCUCACGCUACCCAUGGCCAUCUGGCUCCAUCCCUACCCCUGUUCCCAGUCUUUAACCCCUGGCAAACAUUAAUCUGUUCUCCAUCUGUAUAAUUUUGUCAUUUCAAGAAUGGUAUAUAAAUGGAAUCAUACGAUAUGUAAACUUUGGAGGUUGGCUUCUUCACUCAGCAUAAUUCCCUUGAGAUCAAUCCAAGUUGUGCGUGCCACACACACACAAUAAUUCAUUCUUAUUUUAUUGCUGUGUAGUAUUCCACAGUAUGGAAGCACUGCAGUUUGUUUAACCAUUCAUACAUUGAAGGGCAUUCAAGUUGUUUAUAGUUUUUGGCUACUAUGAAUAAAGUUACUAUAACAUU